UUGCAGCAUUAUCGAUACAACGAUUGGGAUUGGAAAAGGAUAUCCGACAAAUUAUCAUAAGACUGACUAUAAAAGGACAAGACAGAGAAGAAGGUUAUAGGACGCAACAACCAAAAGGUGAGAAAAGUCAUCGGAUACGGAUUCACCAGAAGAUAACGCAGGGUUGUGAAUAAACCAAACAAAUCAUAGGUGUUUGAAGGCAAGGAAGAGUGCUGGUAUGUCUGUUGAUUACAGUGCGCAUGACUUUCACGAAUCACUUGCUGCAAUAGAUGCUGCUUCACGUGAUAAUGUAUGUGUUCGACGUCAUGGUGAUACCACGGUGGUCACAGAAUAUCGUGAUCCGUAUUCGUUCUAUUGGCAAUUAGAUCAAGCAAGACCUCGAGAGGAAGAAACACCGAAACCACCACCACAGACGGAUUACGUCAUCGACGAAGAAAUCAUAAAUGAUGCAAUUCUGUCUCCAGACAGUCAUGAUAGCGGAAUAAACGUUGAAGUACAAUAUAGUAGGCCAAUUCGACCCGAUGAUGGACCAGCAGCAAAGCCACUUCCAUUUGGGUGGGAAAGGCAUGAAGACCCAUCUGGUUUUUCGUAUUAUUGGCACGUGGAUAGUGGCACAAUACAGAGAGAACCUCCGCAUAAGGAAUUACCAGUUGUACCGUUGUCCGUGCAACCUGAACUUCGUGAUCAAGAAACUCAGGCAGAUGCGUUACCGGAACCACAAACAGUUCAGCAAAUUGUGCAGCUUCCAUCACAACAACCGAUUAUCGAGGAGCAUGCAUUCAAACAGACUACAACAAAACGAUCUGUCGAUAACAAUUUCAGUGACAAAGAUGAUGACAUUGCAGACAAACCGAUUCGAUUUGCAGUCCGCUCUUUGGGUUGGGCUGAAAUUCCAGAGGAAGAUUUAACUCCCGAGAAAAGUUCACGAGCUGUCAACAAAGCCAUUGUAGAUCUGAGCACAGGACGAAACGAUAUUCUGGAUAAUGUUUCUAAGUGGGGCGAUGGUCGAGAGCUUAUUAUGGAACUAGACAACAGUGAUUUGACGUUAAUUGAUCCUGAUACGAUGUGUGUGGUACAUACCGAACGAAUGCAACAUAUUCGAGUUUGGGGGGUUGGGCGUGAUAAUGGCCGAGAUUUUGCAUACGUUUCACGAGAUCGAAAUUCACGCCGUUUUAUGUGUCAUGUAUUUCGUUGCGACACACCUGCACGGACUAUUGCAAGUACCUUACGUGAUAUCUGUAAACGACUGAUGCUUCAGCGACGGCCAAAUAGUCUGGGCUCUUUGGAUUAUGGCGAAAAGAGGCUCAUUGCCAGAGAUACAUAUUUACCAACUCCAAUCGAGGAGCCAAAAAGAACCAUUCGAUGUCAUUUCCUGGGUGUUACACAGGUGCCUCGAGCUACAGGUAUUGAAGUUCUCAACGAAGCGGUCGAUCGACUUGUGUCGCAGGUUCGAUCAGAUAGAUGGAUAUUGGCAAAUGUUUCCAUAGCUCCAUCAACAAUAAUAAUAUGUGAAGUGAAUGGCAAUCAAAUUGCUCAAUGUAGAGUGCGAUACUUAUCAUUUUUGGGAAUUGGACGGGAUAUCAAGCACUGUGCAUUUAUAAUGAGUACAUCAUCGGAGAAUUUCAUGUGCUAUGUGUUUUACGUGGAACCGUCCGCAGGUCCAAUGGCUAAAACUAUUGAAGCUGCUUGCAAGCUAAGAUACCAGAAGGUUCUUGAUGCACAUGCUGGCGAACGAACACCAUCGGACAGGAAAGGUUGGAGCGACUCACUGUGGAAUGCGAUAGGUAAUGUGCGUGACCGUUUUUCAACAUCCUCACGUUGAUUAUUUUUUCUUGAUAUUGUCACUUGCUGUACGUUCAUGCGGUAAAAUGCUUGUAUAACUCUGCUUGUUACAAGCUGUCAAGAAGCAUAAAACCGGAAAAGCA